AUGGGCGACCUCCCUCACACAUCUGCUCUGUGGAGUGGCGUCGGUGCGGGAGAGAGCGCCGAGAGCCGAACCAGAGCCAGCGAAGCAGUCGCGUGCGCUCAGUCACUGCGGACCAUACUCACAAACGUCCUGGAGCAGCCAUCAAAGCUGGAGUACCGAAGGCUGAGAGCGACAGGCGGUGCUUUCGAGCGUCGUGUCGGCCGGUGCACGGGCGGCCUGGCGGUGCUCCGCGCCGCCGGCUUUGAGCAACAGGAGCUGGCCGGGGCCAGCUGGUGGACGCUGCGAGAGGUGAAGGCGCGCGCGGCGGUAAUGCGGAUCGCAGACCGUCAAGCGAGGCAGCAGCAGCAGCAGCUGGGGGACGCUUGGCGCCGCAAGCUGCUGGCGCCAUCGCUGCUACAUGUGCUAUUGCUUGUACCAGUCUUAGCCGCGUUUUUGUACGCAUAUGCCCAAUCGCCGUAA